CUCAACUUACUUUUGCAGAAAGUCCAAAAAGUAAAGGAAAAAGAGUCCAUCACAGAGAGAGAAAGAGAUGUCAAUCCCGGUGCCUUCCCGUCAGCUGUUCAUCGAUGGCGAGUGGAGAGAGCCUCUCCUAAAGAAUCGUAUUCCUAUUACCAAUCCUGCUACUGAAUUGAUAAUAGGCAGCAUUCCUGCUGCAACUUCUGAAGAUGUGGAUCUUGCUGUGGAAGCCGCUCGAAGGGCUCUUUCCCGGAACAAAGGCAACGACUGGGCAUCCGCAUCUGGGGCUCAUAGGGCCAAAUAUCUACGUGCCAUAGCUCUCAAGAUAAAAGAGAGAAAGUCGGAACUUGCAGAACUUGAAUCAAUGGAUUGUGGAAAACCUCUGGAUGAAGCUGCAUGGGAUAUAGAUGAUGUAUCUGCAUGUUUUGAUUACUACGCGGACCUUGCUGAAGGCUUAGACGCAAAGCCUAAGACUCAUGUUUCUCUUCCAAUGGAGACAUUUAAGUGUCACGUUGUUAAGGAACCCAUCGGGGUUGUUGGCCUGAUUACACCAUGGAAUUACCCUCUACUAAUGGGCACGUGGAAAGUUGCUCCUGCAUUGGCUGCAGGUUGUGCUGCAAUUCUCAAGCCAUCUGAGUUGGCUUCCAUAACCUGCUUGGAGUUGGCUGCAGUGUGUAAAGAGGUGGGCCUUCCCCCAGGUAUCCUUAAUGUGCUGACAGGGUUUGGCCCUGAAGCAGGUGCUCCUUUAGCCUCUCAUCCCAAUGUGGAUAAGGUUGCUUUUACGGGUAGUAGUGCAACUGGAAGUAAGAUUAUGGCUUCUGCAUCUAAACUUGUCAAGCCUGUCACACUUGAGCUUGGAGGAAAAAGUCCCAUUGUUGUCUUUGAAGAUGUUGAUCUUGACAAGGCUGCUGAAUGGACUAUAUUUGGUUGCUUUUGGACUAAUGGACAGAUCUGUAGUGCAACAUCUCGCCUUAUUGUGCAUGAAAGUAUAGCAGCAGAGUUUCUGGACAGGAUUGUGAAGUGGACCAAAAAGAUUAAGAUUUCGGACCCCAUGGAAGAAGGUUGCAGACUCGGUCCAGUUGUUAGUGCUGGCCAGUACGAGAAGGUAUUGAAGUUCAUUGAAACUGCUAAGAGUGAAGGUGCAACCAUCUUAUGUGGUGGGACUCGUCCGGAGCACUUAAAGAAGGGGUACUUUCUAGAACCCACCAUUAUAACUGAUGUAAGCACUUCCAUGCAAAUCUGGAGGGAGGAGGUCUUUGGCCCUGUUCUUUGUGUGAAGACAUUCAGAAAUGAAGAUGAAGCCAUUGAACUUGCAAAUGAUACUCAAUAUGGUCUAGGGGCUGCUGUCAUUUCAAAGGAUUUGGAAAGGUGCAAUAGAAUCACUAAGGCUCUAAAUGCAGGGAUUGUAUGGGUCAACUGCUCACAACCUUGUUUUUGUCAAGCUCCUUGGGGUGGCAACAAGCGAAGUGGCUUCGGGCGCGAAUUAGGAGAAUGGGGACUCGAGAACUACAUGACCUUAAAGCAGGUUACUGAAUACAUCUCUGAUGAACCAUGGGGUUGGUAUCAGCCUCCUCUGUCCAAGUAUUAGAGAUGUUAUAAAAGCUUAUAUGUUCCAACGUCAGCCAUCUCAAGGUUCGGUUUCUAUUCAAAUGAUACUGUGGAUGAGUUUUAUUGUAUUUCUGGUUGUAAUGGAUUCAAUAAUGUUCCAGGAGUUUUCCUUAGCCUUUGUUGUUGUUCUGUUCUGUUCACCCCCAUGGAUUACUAAUAAAAAAGUUAUGUUUCUUUUUGCAUGUUCA